UUACGUGCAACUGGAUAGUUGAACGUGGGAUCCUAGCCGAGAAGGCAUAAGUACGGCGCUGCCCCUCCCCCGAUACGUCCUCAAUCCCGAGGCAAUAAGCGACCUGCCACUACCCCUCCACCCUUCCAGACCUCCUCGUCGCCCCUCAGCCUCCAACACAGCGAUGCCUCUCGUCCUCAUACAUGAGAUUGCUUCUAUCUUAUUCAAACACGUUGACGAGGAUCCCGAUCUCUCACAGUUUAUCGACUAUCCAGUAAAGAGGGUUGACCGCGAUCCCGCGAUCCUGACACCGGCACAAGUUCUAUUCUGGCGUGAGGAAGCAGAAGAGCGGUUGCGCUGCCGUUUUGACGAUGACGUUGUCGAGGCGGCAUGCCGCCUCGUAGAGGGGCCGCCCUUGGAGCCAGAACUCUUCGCAGACGAGGGCUUACUAGAACUUUUUGAAGACGACCUUGAGGCCCUCUUCCCUUCGCCACCUCAGCGAAUACCUACUUCAGACGCCGACGAGGACUCGUCUUCCGAGUCGGACGAAAGUCGGACGGCCGUACUCGAGUCGGAGGCGCAUUCGGAAAGAGCGGCGAGCCCAACGUUAACGGCGUCGUCAUCCAGGCUCGUCGAAGACGAACCUCAAGUUGAGGAGCCAGUUCGGAAGCAGACGAAGCAGGUGCUUAAGCGCAAGCGUUUGCUCUCCGAUGUCGGCGACCCGGACUCGGAGGUGGACGGAGACGAGGAUGCAGAGUCUUCCGAUGACGAUGAAAGGGCGUCGGCUUCAAGUUCAACUCACGCCGCCGAGGCGGGCACCUCGAGAGAAAAGAGAACCCGCACCGGGAAGGGGAGCAAGAAGUGGGUGUGUCACUGCGGCAUGACAUUCAGUGACAAGCGAGAUAUGGUGCGCCACCAGAGGACGACGAAGGCUCACCGGGGAGAAGCCUCAGGGGUAUAUGAGUGCCCCGCUUGCAAGAGGACACUGAGCCGUCCAGAUGCCUUUAAGAGGCAUUUCACGGUGGACUCGGCGGCCGAGUGCCUCCGGCAACUUCUCGAGGACGCAGAUGCCUCGAGUCUCGAAGACGUACCAUCGAGGAACUACCUCAAGCUAGUACCCUUGCCGCCGACUUGAAACGUUCGUGAGCCGUGGGCGUAUCUUGUAUCUUGUGUAUUAUGGUCGCUGCUGUACUCACGAGUCGUGAGCCUCGUUGUAUGUAUGCUUCCGUACUGU